UCGAAGCUCACCGCCUGGGUACAGCUAUGUUGUCCAGGACUCUGCUGCUCGUCCUUGGUGUGCUGUUGUUGCUAUCCCUAGCCCAGGGAGGGAUCCUGCGGAGACGGAAAUAUGAAGGUCAGGCCGACGAGAUCAAGGAGUGUGAGAGGAAGCCCAAAUGGUACCUGUGCAACCGCCAUUGUGAAGCACACCAAGACUGCCAAGCAAAUAACAUAUGCUGCUCCGCCCCAUGCGGCAACAUUUGUGUGAACCGGUUGGAAAAAGGUAUAUGGGAGAUGCCUGUCACCCCUCCCUCUGACCCUGACUACCCAGAGAGUGGGUCCCAGCUCAGCUUUGAAGGAGAUAUGGUUCUGCCAGCAUUUACCUUGUCAUCCUUCACCUCUGCCAUUGCUAAAUAAACCAGAACAAAAGGUUGCAGCACCUGCCCUCUU